UAGCAAAGUGUGUGCAAGAAAACGUAACAACAGAAAUUUCCACUAUUAAAAACGUAGAGAGAGAUUAAAAAAAAAAAAAAACUUAGAGAGAGAAAUCGAGAAAGAAAAAGAGAGAGUGGUUCUUCACACUCUCACAUUUCUUCAUUUUUCACAGAUCACAGAUCCAAAACCAUUCAAAUCUCUCAGAUCCACUUUCAUUCCCAAAUUUUCCAAUUAUUAAUUUCAACAAUUUCAACCUAAUUAGGUUUCCGAUUCUCAAAUGGCGUGUAUCAAAGGGGUUAAUCGAUCGGCGUUAGUCGCACUGGCGCCGGAUGCACCGUAUCUCGCCGCCGGUACUAUGGCCGGAGCCGUCGAUCUCUCGUUUAGCUCAUCGGCGAAUCUUGAAAUAUUCAAGAUAGAUUUCCAAUCCGAUGAUCCUGAAUUGCCUCUUGUUGCGGAAUACCCUAGCUCUGAUCGGUUUAAUCGUCUUUCUUGGGGGAGAAACGGUUCUUCGUCUGAAGAGUUCGCUCUUGGUCUUGUUGCUGGUGGAUUAGUCGACGGGAAUAUUGAUCUUUGGAAUCCUCUUAGUCUGAUUCGCUCGGAGGAAAAUGAAAGUUCUCUUGUUGGGCACCUUGUAAGGCACAAGGGACCGGUUCGUGGUCUUGAGUUUAAUUCAAUUGCACCUAAUCUUCUUGCAUCUGGGGCUGAGGAUGGUGAAAUUUGCAUAUGGGAUUUGGCCAAUCCUUUAGAGCCUACACAUUUUCCACCAUUAAAGGGUAGUGGCUCUGCUUCCCAGGGUGAAGUUUCAUUCUUAUCUUGGAAUAGUAAAGUGCAGCACAUAUUAGCGUCCACUUCAUAUAAUGGGACCACUGUGGUCUGGGACCUAAAGAAACAAAAGUCAGUGAUAAGCGUUGUUGAUCCAGUUAGACGGCGGGGCUCAGCUUUGCAGUGGCAUCCUGAUGUUGCUACCCAACUUGCUGUUGCAUCAGAUGAAGAUGGAUCUCCUUCUAUAAAGCUUUGGGAUAUGAGGAAUACAAUGACACCAGUAAAGGAGUUUGUGGGGCACAGUAGAGGAGUAAUUGCAAUGUCAUGGUGUCCCAAUGAUAGCUCUUAUUUGCUUACUUGUGGCAAAGAUAGCCGGACCAUAUGCUGGGACACUAUUUCUGGAGAGAUUGCCUAUGAAUUGCCAGCUGGAACCAACUGGAACUUUGAUGUGCAUUGGUAUUCUAAGAUACCUGGGGUGAUAUCAGCAUCCUCCUUUGAUGUAAAAAUCGGCAUAUACAAUAUUAAGGGUUGCCGUCAAUCUGGAGAGAGUGAUUUUGGUGCAGUACCGCUGAGAGCUCCAAAAUGGUAUAAACGCCCUGUUGGUGCGUCUUUUGGCUUUGGAGGUAAACUUGUGUCAUUUCAUCCUGGUUCUUCUGCUUCAGAUUCACCUGCUGGGGCUUCAGAGGUUUAUGUGCAUAACAUGGUCACCGAAGACGGUCUGGUGAGUCGUUCAUCUGAAUUUGAAGCUGCGAUACAAAAUGGGGAAAGAACUUUGUUAAGGGUUCUAUGUGAUAAAAAGUCUCAGGAAUCAGUAUCUGAGGAGGAAAGGGAAACGUGGGGCUUUUUGAAGGUUAUGUUUGAAGAAGAUGGAACUGCAAGAACAAAACUUCUCACACACCUUGGUUUCAAUGUACCUAGUGAAGAAAAAGACAUAGUUAAUGAUGAACUUUCCCAGGAAAUAAAUGCUCUUGGACUUGAGGGCACAUCUGCUAAUAACAUAGGACAUGUGGCUACUAAUGAAGCCAAUAAUUUAUUUUUGGACAACGGUGAGGAUUUCUUUAACAAUAUUCCCAGUCCCAAAGCUGAUACUCCUCCAUCUGCGGCUUCUGGCAACUUUGUUGUUGCGGAUAAUGCAAACGGUUCAGACAAAAUCGAAGAUGGUGUGGAAGUGGAAGAGAGCAGUGAUCCUUCAUUUGAUGACAAUGUGCAGCGUGCUUUAGUUGUUGGGGACUACAAGGAUGCAGUUUCUCAAUGCAUAUCUGCUGAUAAAUGGGCUGAUGCUUUAGUUAUUGCUCAUGUGGGUAGCACCUCCUUGUGGGAAAGUACACGGGAUCAAUACCUUAAGAAGAACCGAUCACCAUACUUAAAGGUUGUAUCAGCGAUGGUGAGCAAUGAUCUCUUGAGCCUUGUGAACACCAGGCCUCUAAAAUUCUGGAAAGAAACCCUUGCUCUUCUUUGCAGUUUUGCUCAGAGAGAUGAAUGGACUAUGCUUUGCGACACACUUGCUUCAAAACUUAUGGGGGCUGGCAAUACAUUAGCUGCAACUCUUUGUUAUAUAUGUGCUGGAAAUAUUGAUAAAACUGUUGAAAUUUGGUCAAGGAGCCUGUCGGAUGAGCACAAGGGGAAAUCUUAUGUUGAUCUUCUUCAGGAUUUGAUGGAAAAAACUAUUGUUCUUGCCUUGGCAACUGGGCAGAAGCGGUUUAGUGCCUCUCUGUGCAAGCUUGUUGAGAAAUAUGCUGAAAUUUUAGCAAGUCAAGGGUUGCUGACCACAGCAAUGGAGUAUCUAAAACUUUUGGGUUCUGAAGAACUUUCAACUGAACUUGUGAUUUUGAAGGACCGAAUUGCACUGUCUACAGAAACUGAGAAAGACUUAAAGACCACUGCUUUUGAAAAUUCUCAAUCACACGGUGGAUCCUUUUAUGGUGCUGAUAAUUCCAAUUAUGUGAAUCAUUACCAGGGUUCAGUAUCCACUCAUGUGCCGCCUGGUGUUCAUGUGCCACCUGGUGUUUCGGGAGGUCAAUAUCCUGAUAGCUAUCAGCCGCCAUAUGAUAAUAGAUAUGUGCCUGGAUAUGGGGCUCCUGUUCCACACCAGCCACCCCAACAGCCCAAUAUAUUUGUUCCGUCACAGACUACUCAGCCCCAGCCUCCUCAGUCAAACUUCCCAAAUACUUCCGGGGCACAACCUCCUGUGAGAGUUUUUGAACCUCAAACUCCUGCUUUGAUUAGAAAUCCAGAGCAAUAUCAGCAGCCCACAUUGGGUUCUCAAUUGUAUAAUACAAACAACAAUCCAACUUUCCCGCCUACCAAUCAACCUUACCAGCCUACACCUCCUGCUCCAUCUCACAUUGGUCAUGGCCCGAACUUACCACACGUUGCGGCACCUACGUCAAAUCCAAUUGGAUUCAUGCAAACCCCUAGUUCUGCUGGUGUUCAAAGACCUGGGGUGGGAUCAAUUCAACCUCCCAGUCCCCCUCAACCGCAACCUGUGCAACCGGCUGCUGCACCAGCAGCUCCACCACCUACUGUGCAGACUGCUGAUACUUCAAAAGUACCUGCACAACAAAUGCCUAUCGUCACAUCAUUGACAAGGCUUUUCAAUGAGACAUCAGAAGCACUGGGAGGUUCACGUGCAAACCCAGCAAAGAAGCGGGAGAUAGAAGACAACUCAAAGAGACUUGGUGGGUUGUUUGCGAAGUUGAACAGUGGGGACAUCUCCAAAAAUGCUUCUGAUAAGCUCCUUCAGCUUUGUCAGGCUUUAGACAAUGGUGAUUUUGGUACUGCCCUUCAAAUUCAGGUUCAUCUGACUACUACUGAAUGGGAUGAAUGCCAGUCCUGGUUAGGUUCACUGAAGCGAAUGAUCAAGACAAAGCAGAGUGUGAGAUUGAGUUAAAAAGUUACUGAUACUGUUUUGCUGAUUUUGGAGAAUUUUCAUGUGAUUAGUAACUUGCAGUAGUGAUUGCUGAUAAUCUUAUCAUCGUCGAAAAGACUACUGCCUCUAGAUUGAAGGUGCAGGGUUUUGGUUUUAUGCACUUCUACAAUUUCUAGCAGUGUCUGCAGUUUUCAAAUCGACUGUUAUUAAAAGCUGUUACUCAAAAUAGUUUUCAGGAAAUGAACGGAAAAUGUUUAGCAGAUUGUUUUACGACCAACAUUUGUAAUAGAAGUGUUUUGUCUGUUUGUUUGCUCUAAAAUUUCAGAUAGUUUUUUCAUCAUCACACCCCUCUGGUACCAAUGGUGAUGCUCCAAGCUGUUCUAGUGUCGGUUAUAGAUUGAUAUUUCCUUUUCUUUGAUAUAAUUUUUGUAUCACACUAGUCAUAUAAGUAUUAAAUUAAUUGCCAAACAAUUGAAUAAUGUAGCAUCAUGUUUAUUUGUCAACCAUUUAAAUUCUUGAA